AUGGGUAAUGCCAGUUUAGUUAACUCUGCAUCAUUAGCUCAUUACUUGAAAGUAAUGAAAGUAAUUAAGGAGUUGGAGCAAGAGAAGCAUCUGCUGAGGCGUCGGCUGGACACGACGCAGGGCGAAUAUGAAGCCCGCUUACUGGAGCUCCAGAAUGACAUCAAGGAGCUGACCGCGAAAAUCGACACUAAGGAUAACUGUGUUAAACAGCGUGAGGAAGAGAAAGCCAGUCUGAUAGCAGAGUUGACAGCGCAAAACUCAAGGCUGACCGCGCAGCUCAAGGAGUCCUCGAUCACGGAAGCCCAGCUGCUGGCCCAGUUGGAAAGUCUAAAGGACCAGUGCUCUAUGAGAAAGACCAGCCUUCAGGACCAUGUGCAAAGCCUCAAGUCGCUUAAGGCGGAGUUGGCGCUUGUGAGCGAUAAAAAGGUGGACCUGGAGAGGAGACUGACGUCAUCCCUCCGUGAUAAGGACAACUUGUCGCAGCAGUUGGACGAGGCCAACGAUAGGAUCGCAGCGCUUGAGAGGCAGUUAAAAGAACAGGAACACCUCUACCAGAAUACGCUCAAGGAACUGGAGCGACUGCAAAGAUCCCAUGACACGUUGGCCGAGAGGAUCGGGGCUCCCGAGCCGGUUGAACAAUCGGACACGGCCCGCUCGCUACACGCCGAGAUGGAGACCGAACCUGAGGACGAGGACGACAGCUGGCUGAGAAGCGAAGCUGUCCAGGUCUUCAAGCAGCUGCGAUCCCUGGCGCUACAGCUCAACACUGGACACGAUGACGACUCCGGUCUUCAUUCUGAUUUAUCCAUAUCAUCGCUGGACGGUGAGGAGGGUGAAUGCCUUCGUCGCGGAGCCCUAGCGGCCGCCUGUGCUGACGCGGUCGCAGCAUACGCUACCCUAGAAGGCUCUCGCGUGAGAGAUUCCAUCGCUGCCCACGCCAGAAGGGCGCUGGAGAGGGAGAGGCAGAUCGAUGAAAAGAAUGAAAUCAUCGCUGACCUGUCUUCUAAGUUAUCAGUGGCAGAAGUAGAGCUGCGCGCAGCGGCAGAAGAGCGCGACAAGUUGCUCAACGACGCCAACUACAACAGUCUUCAAAACGACGAGGCUGUAACCCGCGCACGCCAAGAAAGAGACGAGGCCAUCGAGAGGAAGAAGGCCGCCGAGGUCGCUUUGGCGAAGACGCGGGUUGAACUAAUGCAGGCCAACAGCCAGCUGUAUGAAGCUGUGCGUCAGAAGGUGGACCUUGGGCAACAGCUCGAGCAGUGGCAGAUGGAUAUGCAAGAGCUGAUCGAUGAGCAAAUGAAGCACAAACUGACGACGCAAGAGAAGCGAAGGAAACUCCCCGAGGCGCCCGCACCAACCCGAACUUCAAGGCUCCUCGGAUUUUUUCAGCGGUGA